AUGAAGAGCACUGUCGCUCGAGAUCCAAGUCAUAGCCAGCAAUUCAGCGCUGCGCAGGCUUCUAGUCCAGGACCUGCACUGGUUUCCGGCACUUGCACCACCCUGGUUGAUCACCAAGACGAUUUCCUACAGCGUUACCUGCCAUCGGGUUGUGCUCAGGACUUGGAUGUGACCGACGCAGGACUACUCAACUACUCAGACGCAGGUUGCAAUGGAGACGUUGAAAAUCUAGGGCUCUGGUUUGACAUGACAGGCUCCGACAUAGACGUGGAAACGGACCAUAGUACUUCACUACUUGCACCUCUAUCGACCGACACACUUUCCGACACUAUAGCAUCUGGUUCUUUCGCGGACCAAUUUAACACGCUUACUGAUCAGGGAGAUACCAGGAUACCAGGUGCCAUGAAUGGGCAGAGUGGCAACCGACGGUCAAAUGAGAACUCCGCAAACCAAGUGAUGUCAGAAAAUGCUCUAUCAGAUAACACAAGGUACUCUGAACAGACAGAGAAUGACCCAACCGAGCAACUAAUCAGUCGCUUCGGUCGAUUGCGCGUCGCUGAAGACGGGUACCGAAGAUACUACGGUGCCACGAGCAACCUUCACCUCACACAAAGCCCUUUGGUCUAUUGUUUUCAGCCAACUAUACGAACUAUUCCUUUUCAUGGAGAGACGGAGCUUUUGCGUGCUGGACUGCAGUGGCAGAGCGACGCUACAUAUGAAGACCAUCUUACCAACUUGUUCUUUGCAUGGCACAACUCAUUCCUCAAUAUUGUCAAUGAGACCGUGUAUUACCAUCACCGCGCAUUGUAUCGCUCGGGAGUUUCGACAGCAUACUUCUCAGAAACGUUGCAAAACGCUGUCAUGGCUGUGGGCGCCUCUUACUCCAAUCGAAGGCUUCCUGAUGUCGAUGACCCACCGGAGUUCUUCGCAUCCCGUGCAAAGGUACUACUCGAGAUUGAAAUGGACAGCCCAAGUAUGGCCACUGUACAAGCAUUGGGAACUCUGUCGGCCCACGAGGCGGCAUACGCCCGUGAUUCUCGAGGCUGGCUGUAUGUAGGGAUGGCUGUCCAACUCCUGUCGGACUUAGGACUACACCUCGAUCUUGAUGCUACUUUCGAUUCGAAGAAAGACUCGGAAGAGCACACCAAUCUGCGUCGAACCAUAUUCUGGUCCACGCAGGCUCUCGAUACCUUGUGGAGUGUCUAUAGUGGUCGCCCAUGUUCGAUGCGCUACGACGAUGCACCCGUCCCUGCUGCUCAACCAGUCAGGACAAUUCUAUGGAAGCCUUACAUUGAUCACAACAGCACCCUGAAUAUUGCCGAAAGCCUAGACCCAUACGCUGUGGGUCAUACUCAUAUUUACCUUGCGCAACUAUGCGGUAAACUUCGAAAGAUAUCCAGGAUUCUGUACACGGGACUGCAGACGACUCUCACAGACACUAGCUUCUUUUUCGCAGACAAUAUGACGCGGGAACUUCAAAGUUGGCAUCAUAGCCUGCCAGAUAAAUUGAAAGUUGACGCUUCCUUUGACAGAAACAAGCCAGUAUUGCCAGCGGUUUUGGUGCUUCAGUAA